AUGAACUGCGUCCCCACCUUCUCCCGCCGCCACCGCCGCUGGAUCGUCUGUGCGGGCGCUGCUGCUGGUGCUUACCUGAUCUACCACCACCCAGCCGUCGCCGCCCGCUGCCGCCGCAUCUCCCGCCUGGCCUCGGCUCUCUCGUCCCUCGCCGAUGCCGUCGCCGCCGUCGCCUCCGACCUCGCGGCCUUUCUCCAAUCUGGCUCGGACUCACUGCCUACCACUCUCACUCAACUAUCCAAGCUUGCCUCCUCCCACGAGGCAACCGCCUCCGCCUCCGCGCUGUCCGGGGCCCUCACCGCCGGCGUGCUCCGCGGCUACGCCUCCGCCACCAAUCCAGCUUCCGGAGGCGAGGUAGCGUUUUCGGAUCGUCUUGUUGAGAAGCUGUUCUCCCCAGCCGGCGAGCGGCUCGUCUCAGCCGUGGCGGGCACCUUCGGGCGCGACAUCGUCCUCGCCUGUUAUUCUGUCCCAGCCGAUCCUUCAGGAUCGGCGGGAUCAUCGAGGGCGAGCUGGGUAGACGUGGUCACCAGUGGGAGUUGCCGUAGGGCGAUCCGCAGCUGGGUGGAGGUCUUCACGGCCACCGCCGUGGGCGUCUUCAUUGACAAGACCAUCCACAUCAACACCUACGAUCAGAUCUGCGCCGCUGCCACAAACCCGGCCUACGACUCCAAGCUGCAAAAGCUUCUGGUGGCACUCUGCAGUGCUUCCGUCGAGACGUUGGUGAAGACCUCCCACGGCGUACUCUCCAAUGGCAAUGGAAAUGCUCACAGUGGCAAUGGUGAGGUUGGGGAAGGAUGGACAGAAACGGUCUCGAGUGCGCUUGCUGUUCCAAGCAACCGGAAGCUUGUUCUGGAUCUGACGGGCAGGGCGACAUUAGAGGCUGUGCGGUCUUUCCUUGAGUUCGUGCUGUGGAGGCUGCAUGAGGCUGCAAGGGCUGGCGGUGAUGCCACAGCGAGGGCUGGAUUGUGUGCCUUGAGGUAUAUGAGCGAAAGGUCCAUGGUUGUCGCUGCCAUCUGCAUAGUAUUGUGCUUGCAUGUGUUGAACCGCACAUGGCUCUUGGCACCGGCUUGA